ACAAUCAGUUUGUAUAAGACUUUCGUACGGUACACAAGUAUUUGCUUAUAAAAAAAGACCUGAUCAAAUUCUGUACAACCAGUUUCAUACAUAAUUUUCUACAUUCUUUUAAGAAAUUGUUCUGUGCAAAAUUCAAGUUUAGUUUAAAAUACAAAGAUUGCAAACAAAAUGAGCAAUUUGGAACCCCAGAAAAGUAAACCGGGUAGUAAAGGGGCGAUGACACGGGAAACUUCGGGCGAAACUAUAGGGGAUGCUAAAUCACUCAAGUCGGACGAUUCCAACAAAACUGCCUUCGAGGCCUUAUACGAACAAUAUAUGGCUACACAGGGUACCGCUGCUAAAUCGAAGUUUGAAAAGUUACUCCAGGAACUCGAGGAAAGCCAAAAAACCUCUGAAGAAACGAUCAAAGAUGACGAUUCGCUCCAGUCGGACGAUUCUAUCAACUAUCCGGGAUACGAAGAUAUACUUGCUGCAGAAGGUACAGCGACAAAUUCGGCCUACAUCAACUUCCUGAGGGACUAUAAGAAGCGAUAUGGUGCUUUUUAUACGGACAAGCAGUUAGCGAAGGCAGCUAUGGAGCGAUGGGCCGAGAUGUCCUUUCGCCAUCGAUGCCAGUACAGUGUGGAGCCAGCUAAGCUUUUAAAACUAAAAUACACCAAUGAGGCCUCGAGCAGUGAGAGCAGCUUGGCUAGCCCUAUGGAUAGUGAAACGGGAUUUACUGGCCCCACGGACUAUUUCUUUGGUGGCGGCAACCCCGUCGGCGGAAGAGAUAAUGUUUGUGACAAAAGGAGGGAAUCCAAGUGUGGCAAACCGAUGAAAAGUUGCUCCAAGCCGAGGGCCAGGUGCUCGAAGCCCAGGAGGAGUUGCGCCAAACCCAAGGCCAAGUGCGCCCGAGCCAAACCAGCUUGUCCCAGGCCCAGGAAGAGGAUGGAGUGCUCCAAGCCCAGGGCCAGGUGCGCCAAGCCCAGGGCGAGGCCAAAGAAAACCUGUCCCAUGUAAUCGUUGGUCCCCAAGUCACGCCCUCGUCCCCUAAACAUUUUGGCCAUUUAAAAGUCCAGAGAUCAGACAAAAAAUAUUUUAAGAAUGCUUGUUGGUAUUGAUGGAAUCAAAGAAGUUGGAAAACCUCCAGGAAACCAGGACAUAGACGGGGUAAC